AUGUUUUCGUCCGAUGCCUGGCAUCCUCCCCCCCGCCCCCUGGCACACGACUGGAACCUGACCGGCGAGGGGCGAGGCGCUUGGGCCCCUCAGCUCGGUGACUGCGACCCGAUCGCCCACAAGUGCCGGCUGCCGUACCCGAACAACUUCUACCUGGAGCCCGCCUCGGCCAGCUGGUCGCACACCGGCUUCAAGCUGCGCCUGCGCGAGUCCAUGAUGCCGGCCGACCAGCGCGGGGACAAGUUCGUCCCCGCGCCGUGGGCCACGCUGGAUGGGUUUUCCCCCAUGCCGCAGAUCAUCACCUACCUCGGGGACGUGUCGCUCGAGGGGGUGGUCGGCCACCGGGACAUCGAGCAAUCCCUCAGCCCCGGGGCCAAGGUGGUCCUGCUGGACGCCGACACCGGCGAGGUGGUCCCCAGCUGGGCCGAGAUCGACCAGAGCAACGCCGCCAACGAGCCGCUCCAGGAGCGCGGCUUCCUCAUCUGGGCGGCCGGCGCUCUGAAGCACGAGCGCCGGUACAUCGUGGCAAUUCGCGAUGUUCUGUCUGCCUCCACUCGCCGGCCGCUGCCGCCGACCGCCGGCUUCCGGGCCCUGCGUGACAAGCUGCCCUCCGAGGACAGCGACAUCGAGCUCCGCCGCGAGCACUUCGAGCGCGAUGUCUUCGGCCCGCUCGCGCGCGCCGGCAUCCGCCGCGAGAACCUCCAGCAGGCGUGGGACUUCACCGUGGCCUCGCAGCACUCGCUGACCGGGCGCGCGCGCCACAUGCGCGAUGACGCCCUGUCCCGCAUCCCGGCCUCCGGCAUCGACUACACCAUCGUCUCGGUGCAUGACAACCCGGCGGAGAACAUCGCCCGCGAGAUCGUCGGUCGCAUGCGCAUCCCCAACUACCUGGACGAGCCGAAGCCCGGCGCCUCGCUGGUCAUCGACCCGGACACCGACCUGCCGGUCUUCCAGCAGUUUGUCGAUGUCAAGUUCACCAUGCGCAUUCCCACCAUCCUGGCGGAGGAGCAGCGCGCCGGGGCCAUUCUCCAGUAUGGCCAUGGGCUGUUCGGCAGCCAGGGCCAGAUCGGCGGCAGCUGGCUCGCCCGCAUCGCCAACACCUAUGGGUAUGUCCUGCUGGCCGUCGACUGGCAGGGCAUGGCCAGCCCCGAUGUGCCGGCCGUCACCCGCAUGCUGGCCACCGACAUCGGCCAGUUCAACAUCCUCCCCGACCGCCUCUCCCAGGGCAUCACCAACGCCGUUCUUUCCAUGCGGAUGGCCAUGACCAGCCUGUCCAAUGACGAGGUUGUCAAGUAUGGCGGCGUGUCCGUCCUCAAGACCAACAAGCUCUACUACUAUGGCAAUAGCCAGGGCGGCAUCCUGGGCAACAACUACAUGGCCCUCAGCCCCUGGGUCCACCGUGGUUGCCUCGAUGUGCCGGGCGCCCCGUACUCCAUGAUGCUCCUGCGCUCGGUGGACUUCGACCCGUACUACGCCAUCCUGACCAGCCGCUACCCCAAGAGCAUCGACGUCACCUGGCUCCUGACCCUCAUGGGCCAGGCGUGGGACCGCGCCGAGCCGGCCGGCUACGUGAACAGCCUCAGCGGCGAGAUCCCCACCCUCAUGCCCCCGGGCGCGACCGCCCCGGCCAAGCGCAUGCUCUAUCACUACAGCCUCGGCGAUGCCCAGGUCUCUUGGCUCUCGGCCCAGGCCAACAACCGCGCUGUCGGCGGCCGCGUCUUCCGCGGCCACAUGCCCGAGUACAAUGAGACCGUCUUCGGCGACCUCAUCCCCGGCACCUCGACCAAUGAGUACAGCGUGGCCGUCGGCUAUGACUACGGCGUCCCCCCGGCCCCGGAGGAGAACAUCCCCCCGCCCAAGGAGUACGACACCCACUCGUACACCCGCAAGGACCCGGUCGUCAACCAGCAGAUGGCCGACUUCUUUGCCACCGGCUUCAUCCAUGAUGUCUGCGGCUCCGACAGCUCCGGCUGCCGCCGGCCCAUCCCCACCUCGGUCCAGCCCCUGCCCCAGCUGUCGGCCACUUACGACCGCCAUGGUGGCGGCCGCGCUGUCGGUCGGCUGGUCGUCGAUGAGGGUGACUAUUAAAUGUGUUGCUCCCCGACGUCGUGCCGUCCCCACGGCUCCGCGUCCAUAUGCCCGCCCGUGCUGCUCCGUCACCAUGCCCGGUGCCGGCCUCAUGUGCCAGUGCCGCCCCCCCC